GAGUAAAGAUUGGAAUAAGUCGGGGACAUCAGAAGAACUCCUGCAGAAUGUCCUUAAAAUGGAUAUGUGUCACUAUGUGUGUUGUGUACCUGCCUGUAAUGACGCUGCAAGGGACGACGGCGGAUACCACUGAAGUCAACCCAACGACUACGACUGCGGCUUCAGAAACUACAUCACAAAUGUCAAUGUUAACCUCGGGAGCAUCUCCAUCUAGUGAACCAGAUCCUUCCAAAUCAACAUCUGAUACGCCGAGUACCACUCAACCGUCGACAACACCGUCUCCACCAACACCAACCCCAACAACAACACCUUCCAGUACGAUGCCAUCGGGUCGGUGCCGCUUGAGUCGAGAAUGUGGGCUUGGUGCCUACUGUAUCAUGAGUCGAUGCACGUGUGGGUACGGCUACUACAGACACGGGACACAGUGUGUGGCUACAAUACCAGUUGGCAGCAAUUGUACAAAUGAAACGCAAUGUAUGACGCCUUCAACAUGUAAUGACUCAGUAUGUACAUGCCCUGAAGAAUACUACCAGAAGGAUCAACAAUGUGAAAAGAGACGACAGGUGGGCGAAAGAUGCACCAACAGAUCCGAAUGUGUUGUUAACGCUGAUUGUAGCAGUAACACAUGCACGUGUCUGGAAGAUUUCUUCCAAAAGGAUAUGAAGUGUAUACCAACGAUACCAGUUGGCAGCAAUUGUACAAAUGAAAAGCAAUGUAUGACGCCUUCCACGUGUAAUGACUCAGUAUGUACAUGCCCUGAAGAAUACUACCAGAAGGAUCAACAAUGUGAAGACAGACCUCAGGUGGGCGAAACAUGCACCAACAGAUCUGAGUGUGUUGUUAACGCUGAUUGUAGCAGUAACACAUGCCAGUGUCUGGAAGAUUUCUUCCAAAAGGAUAUGAAGUGUAUUCCAAGAGCACAGGUGGGCCAGGGAUGCAACGACAGCGCUGAAUGUCUUGUUAACGCCGUUUGUAGCAAUAACACAUGCACGUGUUUGGAAGAUUUCUUCCAGAAGGAUAUGAAGUGUAUACCAAGAGUUUUACCUGGCGAGAGCUGCGAGAACCAAACCUCAUGUGUGGAGAACGCUGUGUGUGUAUCGACUAAUUACACCUGUCAGUGUAGGCCAGGAUGGAUGGUGAAUGAAUCGAUGUGUACGCCAAAAGAGACAAGAUACGUGGAGAAUCUAAAACCUUCCAGUAAGACAUCGUCAUCAGUUCUUGUGACAUUUGAUGGACCCUUGGAUUACAACAAGUUCCAGCUUGAUGUCAAUACCUCUACUCCAAGGUGUAUUGUCCUUCGUCGAAAUGCUUCACAGGAACACUGUAGCGCGUGCAAAAUUGAAGCCAUUGAGCCACCUAGAGACAAGCGCAUAGAAUACAACGUGACAGGUUUAGAGGCCUUCACCUUGUAUGAGAUCAAGGUGGCGAUGGUAAAGUGCAACAAUGGAAGUUCUGAAGGCAGUCGCCCAGCAACUGUAACAGAGCGAACUGAUACAGCAGUUCCCAACGUUGUGAACCGCUUGACUACAUGCAGAGACGACUCCUGCCUCGUGUGUGCAAUGUGGCACCGCCCGGACCCAUACCCAGGGCCUGUCACAUACAGAGUAGAUAUAUUUGAUGAAGUCAACAAGAAAGUGGUGAAAGAAACCAAUGAAAGCGCAACAUCAGUGUGCUACACAAAAGAAGAUGUCAGUCCUUUCUUGAGGUACACCAUUGGGGUGUCAGCCUUUACCACAGCUGGCCAAGGAAUGGAGACACGAACGACAAGCAUGGAAAUUCAAUUCCUUGGAUUCAAGAUCAUCACAGCAGAAGGGGUGUGCAAGAAUCGUUUCUACAAAUAUGGGAACUACAGGCAGAUGACAAUACAAUGGUCAGAACCAGACAUUGGCACAACGAUAAGCAGCUAUUUAGUUACCGCCAACAAGGAAACGCACAAUAUCACAUCGAAGGCAGAUAGAGCGGGUACGAACUACAGUGACGUGUUUAAUGUGACUCCAGGUCAGACAUAUACCUUCAAGAUUCAAGUACGUGACAAUGGUACUCUGUACAAUGUAUCCUCAGAAUCGAAGUGCCGUGCACCUAUCGGAGUUCCUCCAAAAUGGCCAGAGGGCAUACAACCAUCCCCCGUCGUCACCGACACUCAGUUCACAUUAAACAUUGAUUUUUUUAAUAACGAUACGAAUGGCCCCAUAACAAAACGUAGCUUGUACAUGUCACUUCACAAGAAAAUGCUGGAAGUACCAGAUCACCAAGCUGGAGAUGUGAGGGGAACAAAAAUCGGGUGUUGUCGUGUUUCAGGAGGGUUCAUGGAAAACUGUAGGACUGGCUACUGUAGGACACACCUGGGACCAGACACAGUAUAUUAUUACCUUGCUGUUGUUUGCACAGAGAAAGGUUGCAGCUAUAGUCCAAUAUUUGACUUCCGAACAGAUAAAGAUAAUACCACCGCCAUCGUGGUCGCAAUGUUGGUGACGUCCAUUAUUGUUGCUGCCAUUAUCAUCGGUGCUGCCCUGCUAUGGCGCUCCAAGAAAGUUAAUAUGAUGCCUGUUCGCAUUUCAUUAAGAAAGCCGGAUCUGUCCAGAAUUCCACGUGAAAGACCAAUGUUGCUGUCGGAGCUGGAGAACCGAGUUACACAGAUGCAUGCUGACAGCAACUUACAGUUCUCCGUCGACUAUGAGAACAUCAUCCGCAUCAGUCCUAAACACACGAACCACGCCUCCCAGAUUGACGAAAAUAAACAGAAGAACCGAUGGGUGAAUGUUCUACCAUUCGACCAUAGCCGUGUUAUCCUCCAAGUCCUCGAUGAUGACGAGACUUCAGACUAUAUCAACGCAAGUUACAUGCCUGGUUACAACUAUGAAAACGAGUACAUCGCCUCCCAAGGACCACUCCCUGGUACAGUGGAUGACUUCUGGAGAAUGAUCUGGGAAAAGAAAGUCUCCAUCAUUGUCAUGGUUACUCCUGUGAAAGAAAAUGGAAAGGUGAAGUGUGAGGAGUAUUGGCCAGCGGAAGUUCAGGAACCCAAGGAGUACGGGGACAUCGUGGUGGAGAACACCUCCUUCUCCUCCCUCAACACCUACAACGUUACAGUAUUCCAGCUGAGGAAUGGAGAGGAUAAAGAUGUACGAGUGGUAAAGCACUUCCACUUCCUCAACUGGAAGGACAUGUCGGCAGAUGUGGAGCGGUCCGACAUCUUGGACUUCGUGCGGACAGUCCGAUCCCACCUCCGUCCAGACAUGGAAGGGCCAAUCGUGGUCCACUGCAGUGCUGGCGUUGGCAGGACAGGGACGUUCAUAUGCCUUGACUAUCUCAUCCAGUAUAUUGAGAAGCAUCACCUGUCUGACACUGUCGACAUAUACCGUUACGUGAUGAAGCUGAGGAACAACCGAGUCCUCAUGGUCCAGACAGAGACCCAGUAUGUGUUCAUCCAUGACUGUGCCAAGCAGCUGGUGGAGGAGAAGCGGUUGGCCCUGGAACGCCCUGACAGCGUCGUGGACGUUGAGGAGGAGGAGGAGGAGGAGGGAUGAGGAGGAGGAUGAGGAUGCGGUGUAUGUCAACACAGAGAUUGGGGUGGCGGUGAUGAACGAUGGUAUGACAGGAACAGAAAUGACAACGUGUAAAGAUAAAACAGGGGAUGGCUGUGAUCUGUAUGAGAAUACCAGCACGUGUGGUCUCAUUCAACAGACAGAACUAUGAGGCAGCUACCAUGUCACCCACAACAGUACAAAGAGACAUUCAACUCAGUUAAUACCGCAGGAUUUUGCUGACAGAUGUGUCAAACCUCACUCACGCAUCGAGCAUCUCAGCAGAUAGCAUGGGUGUUACCUAAAGUACUUAUAUAGACAACUUCACGUGCCAAAUACCCUUGAACGUAAAAAGUAUUUUUGUUUUACAUAUUUUUGUCAUUUAUGUAUAUGUAUGAAUCAUUAUUUUCCAAUACGUGUAUAUCAUACCAUGCUUAUAUGAACAAAUGUAGAUAAUUUAAAUUCAGUUUGUAUGUGUUUGUAUAUAAAUCGCUUCACAAACGCUCUGUACCAUACAUAAAGCGGCGGAUUUCCUUUGAUGUGUCACCACUGGGAAAGAUAAAUGUGUUUGUUUCAAGAGUAUUCAUUAAAUUUGGUUUUGAAUCCAUCAAUUCAUCACGGAAGAACAAAUUAGGGAGAUAUCUUGACAAUCCAGUUUGUACAGUAUUUUAUAUGGGAGGUUGAAAGACUUAUAAUACCAGGUAAUGUUUUUGUCCUAGGAAUCCCAUGAUAGUUGUGUUGAGUGAAUCAAGAGUCACCGAAAGCUGUGUUACAUAGCCUAUUGCUGAUGGGUGGAAAACUUUUGCUCUCAAAAGGCUUUAUCAUUUGGAGUUAAGAGGAAAGUUCUAUUGAAAAGCUGUAAAAAAUGCCAUUUCCAAAUCAGUAUGAUCGUUCUUAAAUGAAAUCUCUCAAAUGGGAAUAUAUCAAUAAUGGUGAACAACAACAGUUGGUGACUGCAGCACCAGGCAACGAGUGGUCGUGUAAAACUGGACACGCUCUUUCUGUCAUAGGGUCAUAUGACAAUUAUCACCUUAUCUCAUAUGUACGAAUAAGGUCAAUCGUAAAACAUCGCUGUUAACAGACAUCAUGUGUGUUAAAACAAAACAUUUUCGAAAUGUUUUCGUGUUUAUUUUUAACACACCUAACAUAGAAUGACCAUGACCCAGGUUUUGACGUGUUUGAUUAUACUCUUUAAUGUUCUCAAAAUGCACAAAAAUAUCUUUAAGCUCAGCAGAAAUUACCAGACUGUCGAUGUUAAACUUUGACAUCUAUUUUUCCAUACAAUGGCAUAUUUUGCUCAGUUCAUUAGAUUUUCAUUUUAGUAUUUAUGCAGAAUGUAUUUCUUGACAGUAACAUUCUGUUCUGUCGCUGUAGUUUUACAAAAAUAACUUCAUAUUCAAAUGAGCUACAGUGCUACGAUACCAUCUUUCCCUGGUACCUGUAUGACACAAUAUUAAUAUAUAUAUACUUACUAAGAAAUGCUAUGUGUCAAUUAGCUUUCAAACAGCCUGCAAUCGCCUAAUUCUGUUGUAUUUAGCCCUUCGAACAGACUGCAAUAUACCCAGCGCAAUCGCCUAAUCAAGACGUUGUUGGCUAAACCUAAAUGAUUUUGUGGAUAUAUUACAUAAAUGUGAUCAUUAAUGUGCUUAUGUACAAUUGCUAAAGCCUGUUAACAAUAUUGUCUUUCAAAUGAUGUGCACUGGUACAAACAAAUACAUGGACUUAACUUGCAAUGGAUAGUCCUUCACAUCCAAGCAUCAAUAUUAUCUUGAUAACUAGAUAUGAUUUGAAUAACUACAGAUUGUAACAUUCCAGAUUGUUCAUGUAUAUCGAAGACAGAUUAACAAUGUAAUCAAUACAUUGUUUUUUUACACAGUGUGUUCUGCAUUAAAGAUUAUAUAUAUACUAAUCGAAACGUCUGGUGAAUGAAUGUUACAGCCUGACAUAGUAUUUCACAUUUUAUAAACCGAGAAAAUUCAAAUUAUUGUUAUGAUGCAUAUGCAGGACUAUUCUUUGAAUUUCCGCAAAAAAGAAUCUGGCAGAUGGUUUCUGAACCCUGUAACAUUUUAGGAAAUCAAGACCAUGUUUCCCCAUAAUUUUUAAAACAUCAAUAUGUUUUAAUUAGCAUCAAGCUUCAUGAUUCAUUUUCUUCGGACGAAUCAAUUUAUUUCUUCAUUUUAGUAAAUACAUGUAUAGUUCAAACAAUAAAUGUGCGUACCUAUGAUAUUGUCACGCACAUAUUAAUCUAUGCCUCGAUGAUGAUUAACCCCUUAGCAUGAAUGUGGUUAAUUGUGAGAUUAUUUCCAUAACCGUAGAUUGUAUACCAUUCGUUACAAUGCCAUAUGACGGGAACAAAAUACAACUGCAGGGGUGUAGGGUUCUUACAUGCUUUCAAAAUUGUGAUUAGAUUGUCAUCGAUCUUGGACACUUCGAAUUCUUACUUAAGUCAGAAAAAUAGUUGACAUCAAUGGACACAUAUCAAAGAGUUAGUCUUAUCUGUAAGGCCAGGAUCACCUGUUACAGCCAUCCCAUGGACAGACAAAUGGCCUUCUCCAGUGAAUGAGAUCGGAUGCCAAAUUGUGAUUAGUCCCAAUAAAAUUAUAUAACGUGAUACGGACAGUGACAAUUAAUAUGGAACAGGUAAAUUGACAUUCAAAAACCCAAUGCUUGAUGGGAAUGCCGUUUUUUCUACCGCUGGAAAGGAGGAAAUUGUCUUUGAAAGAGAGAGACACACACACAAAGACACACACACAGAGAGAGACAGACAGACAGUCACACACACACACACACACACACACACACACACACACACACACACACACACACACACACACUUGUGUUACACAUAUGUAAAAUGAUUUGUGCAAUCCAAUAUUCUCUCUUUUGUUUGCUUGUUGAACCGCCAGCAAAAUGACGACGGCCUGUAAAUGUCCGCGUUUGUAUCAGACAAUCCGAUGAUCAAUAUUGUAAGUAUGGGAUUACGAGGACACACUCAAAAUAAUUACCCAAUCCAGCUGGACGCCACUCCCAACUAAACACUUGUCGCUUGGGACCAAACUAAAGCGGAAUCCAGGGGGUGAUGAUACAUGAUUUAUAAUUUCUGGUGUAUAUAUACUGUUAUAUCUUUAUAUUUGUUAUAAUCAAUAAAAUUCUUUUCCACGUU